GAUUUUAAUCCUAACUCAUUAAGGAACGGAGAGCAAGUGCCUGUGCAAACCUUCUGGGGAACGAGAGAAAGUGACGGAAGAAGGAAGGGACACUAGACAAUCCAUCAAGGGAGAUAAGUUGAGCUAAUUUACAGCUUGAGAGACAGAAGAGGGGAGAAAUCAAGCAUUUUAUUUUUGCUUUUCAGUUGUUUCAUGCCUGCUUUUCCCCAUUACCCUUUCCCUAAUUUGUCCUAAACCUCUUUACUUGCAAUCUUAACUUGGGCCUGUUCAAGCAUGCCCACAAACGGAAUUAACAGGGCCCUGAAGCUACAGUUUGGCCUCAUCAACUAUGAGAACCGUUACCUGACAGCCGAGGCCUUCGGCUUCAAAGUGAAUGCCUCAGGUGUCAGCAUGAAGAAGAAACAGAUCUGGACCUUAGAGCAGGAUGAGCAAGAUGGCCAAGUAGUGUUCCUUCGCAGCCACUUGGGACGUUAUCUGGCCUCUGACAAAGAUGGAAAGAUCACAUGUGGGGCGGAGAAGCCUGAUCCUGACUGCCGUUUCCUUAUUGUGCCUCAAUCUGAUGGUCGUUGGGCACUGCAGUCAGAGCUUUACCUGCGUUACUUUGGUGGAUCGGCUGACUACCUAUCGUGCUUUGCACAAGCCAUUGGGGAACAAGAGCUGUGGGCCGUCCAUUUGGCUUUACAUCCGCAGGCCAGCCUGCUCAGUGUGGCACGUAAGCGCUAUGCCCAUCUGUCUUCCUCAGAUGGAGAGAUCUCAGUAGACAGCAAUAUUCCCUGGGGAGUGGACUCCCUGGUCACCUUGGUAUACCUUGAUGGCAAGUACAGCCUGAAGACCUGUGACAGUCGUUUCCUCAGCAAUGAUGGCAAACUGGUAAAGGAGAACACCAAUACUACUAGCUUCACACUGGAGCUGAAAUCUGGAAAGCUGGCUUUUAAGGACUGUGAUGGGAAAUAUCUGACCCCAGUGGGUCCAACAGGGACACUGCGAUCUGGCCGAUGUUCCAAGCCCGGAAAAGAUGAGCUGUUUGAUCUUGAGGAGAGUCAUCCACAAGUAAUUUUUCAAGCCGCCAAUAAAAGAUUUGUCUCUGUCAAACAAGGAGUGAGUAUUUCAGCCAAUCAGGAUGUGGAGACAGACAUGGAGACCUUCCAGAUGGAGAUUGAUAAGGAGAGCAAAAAGGCCAUGUUUAGGACCAAUGGCGGAUCCUACUGGACUUUAGUGACUCACGGAGAGAUCCAGUCCACUGCCACAGAAGUAGAGGUGAAUACAAUGUUUGACAUUGAGUGGCGAGGACAAAGGGUGGCACUUAAAGCAAGUAAUGGAAAGUAUGUUUGUACAAAGAAGAAUGGGCAGCUCUCAGCAGUCAGCGAUACAGUGGGUGAUGAUGAAUUAUUCCUGAUGAAACUCAUAAACCGCCCUAUGUUGAUUCUUCGUGGAGAGAAUGGCUUUGUGUGUCACCACAAGAACUCCAACACUCUGAACGCAAAUCGAUCUGUCUAUGACAUUUUCUCACUGAUCUUCAAUGAUGGCGCCUACAAUGUAAAAAGUGUCAAUGGAAAGUUCUGGUACAUCUCUAGCAGUGGCCUAGUGUGCACAGAUGGAGAAAAGCCAGAGGACUUUUUUCUUGAGUUCCUGGAACAUGGACGUGUCGCCAUCAAGGGGACUGAUGGCAAGUACCUUCGUGGAGACCAGGGAGGUACACUUAUGGGUCAUGGCACAACCGUUGAUGUAUCUUCUCUUUGGGAGUAUUGAUCCCUUUCAAUCAAGGUCCUCAAAGAGGGAGCAAGAGGGCGGGGUGCAGGACCCACUUCCAUCAAAUGAAGCAGACUGACAGGGUAAAAAAAAUCUGCCUGUUUUCAUACUAGCUGCCUGAUCCCAUGUUUUUCUUUUAGUUUUUUUUUUUUUCAAAGAGAGAAUACUUUAGGGAGGUAUGUUUGCUUUUUAUUGUACAUGUUACAUUUUUUGUCUUUUAAAUGACAAUGCCAACAUCAAACAACACAUACAUGUGUGAGCAGAUGUAAUUUCACAAAUACAGAAUAAGACAGCAGCUCUCCCAAGUCAUUCAGCCAUACUUUGCAUGUAACAAAAACGUACGUAACAAUUAUUUUUGAGGGAAACCACACUGAUCAGUCACUGAACAAAGAGGGUUGUUGCUCUGACUUGUUGUGAUCCUGCCUAAAGGCCUAAAUGAACAUUUAGUCCUUCUGCUGCUGAUUGUCACUGCCUAAAUAGACUAUAUAUCUCCAAAAGCUAAAAAAAAAACAGCUAUCAAAGUGAUUCAAAUCUGGCAGAGUAGGACACCUUACUCCUGGAGAUUCACACACUAACUAAAUAUUAAUGAAAAACAAACGAACAAAGGAUCAGUAUGGCUGGAUUCUUGGGUUUAAUAAAACCUAAACAAAAAAACAGGGAUACUCAUUCAUAGACACCAAAUUAACUUUAUUUGGUCCAGGUGACUAGACCUAAGUCAACUAUGUUUAUCAGGAUCUUACUUUUGUAACCUCUGUCAACAAUCCCACUGCAUUUGUUUACAGUUUUUAAAUGAUUUCAAUACUUUGACAUGCUUUAUAAGAACAGUGUGGUCAUUGACGUCACUCUAAGCAAUGAUAAUGCACCACUGUCUUCAAAGACAAUGGCUGGUGCCAAUGGUGUUGGUGUCAUUUUUCUUAAUGUACCAUUAACAGCUUCCAGCACAAUAUGAAGUAAGUGAAGUGGACUGGAGCUAAUACACUUUUAUCUCAGGCACCUCUGCAAUGCUGAGCAAUAUAUAUCCAAAGAGGACUUGCAAACACUGAAAUAGGUUAUGUGUAACACAUGUAGAAAUACAGAGAUCAGA